AUGCAGAAUCUUGCGGAGCACACGCCACGCACGUAUGCCCAGCAACCUUCAAAAGACAAGAGUUCGCACAGGGUCGUGCGUUCGCUAUGUCAGCCUUCUGAAGCCAAGCGCCUGGUACACAUAUUGUCUGGUCGAAACGAUGGUCACGUAGCAGUGGCCCGUGGACAGGGCAUAAAGGUCGAAUGUUUUGUGCUGGUGUGGGAACGGCGAGUAAGGAACAAUGGACUGCAAGGUAGUAGUAGUAGUAUGACCGUCACGAAGUAG